AUGUGGAACUCUCCUCUUGCUACAUGGAAAGACAGCCUUUCCCGCUAUCCCGACGCUCUGAAUGCACGUGAGGCGCGCCAAACAAAGCCUGGCCUUGUCCUCUUGGAUCAGUUCAUCUGGCAGGAGCUGUCUGACAAGUUUGUUUUGCGCGACUCUCCGCACGUCAACGGUGACGAGUAUUCCAGUGUUUUACGCUGGAAGCUGAAACGAGGAAAAUGGCGCCCUCGCCUGCAGAAGUUUGCAGACGAGACCCCCAACGAGGAGAUCGUCAAAGCGAGCGAAGCCAGUUUUGCUGCGCUCAGAAAGGGACAAACCCGCCAAGCACUUUCUCAUCUUGUUGCUCUCAAAGGGUGUGGUCCAGCGACUGCCAGUGCCCUUCUUGCUGCUUUUGACGAAACCGUCCCUUUUAUGAGCGAUGAAUUACUCCUCGAGGCCCAGGGUGAAAAGAAGAAAUACACUGUUCCCGCCUAUCUUGAGCUUGUCGAAAGCGUUCGAGAGAAGGCAACGGAACUCAGCAAAGAAGAUACUGGGCAUAACUGGACUGCUCGCGAUAUCGAAAAAGCAGUCUUUGCUUCACGAAACCUUUCCGGUGACCAAGUGUCACAAAAGGACGCAAAGCUGGAACAUCAGAAAGAAGGGAACGGAUCCUCGCCAACUCGUAAACGCCGACGAACUGGAGCGGAUGGGGGACAUGGGAAAGUGUCCUCAUCAGCUCAAAACAAAGACUUGAUUGAGAAUGCAAGCAAAGACCCCGAAAACACGAAUGCGCGAGCCGCGGGAAAACCGGGGAAGUUGUCGAAGGACAAGCCGGAGGAAGGCCGUAUGUUGAGAAGGUCCAGCAGAAAGAAGUCUUGA